GUUUGAUUUUUGUUGCUAGCCGGCAGUUCAGCAAAAUUCCACUAGGGCAUAAAAGCGGCAUAACUUUUUCGAAUUCUAUCUGUAGACUACGAUGUGAUUUAUAAAAACUAUUGUAUAUGUAAUCGACCAAUAAAUCUAGUAGUCAAAAUUUCAUUACAGCAUGACACUACUUUAAUGAUAUCAAGGCUUUCAUGGAUACAAAUGUUUUGUGGACAGAGAACGUAACGCCAUCUUCAAAAUAUUGAUAUUAAAUUACGUUUAUUCAAGUAUAAUCCGUAUUUAAUGCGAUCAGAAAGGCGCUUGUUAAUCUGCCAAUGAAACUCAAUGUAUUAAUGAUUGAUAGUACGCCAUUUUCGAAUUAAUGGUAAACAAAGUAUGUCCAUGCCAUCUUGUGGCGUAGUUGACGAAAAUCCAUUGUGAUUGCGGUUCCUCUUCCUUAAAAAAAAAAAAAUCCUAGAUAUGAACAGGUUAAAACAGCUGAUUCUUCACUUUUGACGUUAAUCCAAGAGAAACAAAAAUAUUAGUCCAAACUAAUGUCAAUACAGAAUAACACAAGUAUAUAAUGAUAACCACUUAUUAGCAUCUUGAAUGAAAGUCGGCGACCAGAUUUUCAACUGUUUAUAUAAUAUUACUGUUCAGUUUUAUUAGAAAGUCGUAAAAGAAUGGCCAAUUCAGUUGCUAGUACUAGCAAUGGUUAUAAUUUUAAAGUUGUGUUACUUGGGGAAGGGAAGGUAGGAAAAACUUCUCUUGUUCUAAGAUAUGUGGAAGAUAUGUUCAACGAUAAACAUAUUAUAACGACACAGGCUUCGUUUCUAAAGAAGAAACUGAAUAUUAAUGGAAAACGAAUAAAUUUGGAUAUAUGGGACACAGCUGGACAAGAAAAGUUUCAUGCUCUAGGACCGAUAUAUUAUCGUAUGUCCAAUGGUGCUAUUUUGGUGUAUGAUAUAACUGAUGAAGAAUCAUUUAAGAAAGUGAAGGAUUGGGUAAAGGAACUAAAGAAAAUGUUAGGUAAUGACGUCCUCUUGGUUAUUGCUGGCAAUAAAUUGGAUCUUGAAAAUGAUAGGAAUGUCACAGUAGAGGAAGCAGAGGCAUAUGCGAAACAAGUUGGUGCUGUGCACUUUCAAACUUCUGCAAAACUCAAUCAGAAUAUAGAAGAAUUGUUUCUGGACCUUACACGUCGUAUGAUGGCUCAUGCCAGUGAAGUAGAACAAAAAUCUACGUUGACGCGAACGAAUAGCACGCGACGUAACGUGGUGGUCGUGGAAGAUGAGUCCGAACAAGAUCAACCAGUUAAGAGUUCCUGCUGCGGUGGUAGCUCCUUGCAAAAUCCGUAACGGGUGAUAAAUUGCGAAUAAGCAUGAAUUAUAUAUAAAUGUAUAUAUUAGUUAUCUUUCCUAUAUCCCGCAGCGAAUCCCAGUUUUUAAUUGAUACAUUUUUUUUACGUAACAUGGAAGGAGAAAUUCAUAUUCCUGUUUUAAUAUAUACAGAAAAUAUAUAUAUUAGAAUCUAAACUAUAAGUACAUUUAAUAGACAUACACACGUUACUGAGUACAUAACGAAAUUGUGUAUAAAUUCAAAUGCAAAUAUAUAUUAGGAAUAUUUCUCAGACGCUACACCUCAGCUGAGAAAUGCAAAGUGUUGUUUUAUAUUUAUACAAAAUCAUUUACAUUGAUAAUCAUUGUUUCUUACACUGUGAGGUAUGUGAUGAUUAUAAAAUAAGACUUCGUUCUAAGGCUCUAAAAGACUUCGAAGUUUACUGCAGUGAUCAUUCGUCGCGAAAAGUCUUUAAGUUUCCCUUAUCUUUACUACAAUUCCAGAAGAGAAAACAUUUCUGAUAACCAAUCAUUAUACAGUUUCCAAAAUGGCAUACGGAGAUAAUUUCUUUCUGCCCCCCAGAUGAUUUACAGUAUGAUAGAUCUGUUUACAGUUAGUAUGCUAUAUUUUACUAACUACACAGAAUAAGAGCCAAUUCUAUAUACCAGAUUCUUCAGCCUAAAUACACUACCUGAAGUUAGCGCAUCUAUUCUCAUGGUGAAACCAUUUUCAGGUAUUGCGUUAAGGCUAUAGAGCCAGGUAUGCCAUUUUAUACCAUAAUUCAACAACGGUUCCUACCUGUAUCAUAAUGAUUAACCUUAUAAACGAUUAAAAUUACUCCAAAAGGAUAAUGAACGUUGUCACACAAAAUAACACUAUGCAUUACCCGUCAACAACAAUGAUUUUAAAAAAUAUAACAUUACAAUAUAAUACAAGUCGGACAUAUGCGUACAUAUAGUGUCGUUUUGAUAAAAGAACAAAGUAGUAUAUUCAUUUUUACUUAAAGAAUUAAUCAAACGGAAUCGAUAUAUCGAUGCCAUAAUUGUAUGUAAAUAUUUUGUCAUUUGGCCUACCGUGAAAAUAAAUUCAUCAUAAACUAAUAUCAUCUACUAUACUACUAUUUUGAUAUUCCCCAACAGGUGUAAUUCGCCUAUCCAUACAAAUUCCAUCAAUAUAUGUGGCAUGGUUUAGAAAUAAAAAAUAUAUAUAUACUCCUUCAUAAUAUACUCCUUUAAUUUCAUAUACGGUGUUUGUGAAAUAAGGGUACAAUGUGCUAGUCUAUCACAGGUACAUACAUGGAUCGUGCACGUAUCCAUCUAUUCUAGCAACACAUUUCUCAUUAUAGAGCUACCCGUCAUUACACGGUAUACAAUGAGAUUUAUUUUUUGUUACUGUAGUUAUUAAUUUAUCGUACGCAAUAAUUGCCCGUGGUUUAUACCUCUGAGUUAGUAUAUAAAUAUUUAGAAUGUUGGAAGGAAUAGUUAGUGAGUAAGAGUUACUCUAGUAUGAUAAUGUUAAUAAUAAUCAUAAGAAUAA